GGACCGAGGCCUAGUGUGGAACGGGGUGGUCUGGUUAGGGUAACCGAGGAGCCGGCACGGAUUUGGGGCAGGUCUUCUGGAAGGGGUCCCGAUGGAAGGCUCCGACCUGGCCUCGGCGUGGGGCGGCAGAGGGGCUCGUCCAGGGCUUGAGGCCUCGAUCCGGUUCCCCAGCAAGGCAGAAGAGCCUCUUUCGAGGCGAGGCCUUUUCUUAACGGGAAGCCGAGAAGGGAGGAUGAGCUGAGGGGGAGCCCCUCGUCCCUCUCCCAGGCCCCUGCCUGGCCCCUGUCCUCUGGGCAGAAGCCUUCCAGACCCUUCCGCAAAAGCUAACGCAGGCCGCCGCUUCCUCCGUCUCUUGCUUAGGCCCAGCUGGAUCUUCCUCCUUUCGACAAACUGGUGAUGGGGUGUGUGUGUGUGUGUGUGGGCGGGGGGGGGGAGAAACACACCCCACAUUCUUCCUUCUGGAUCUCCUGCGUUGAGCUUGCUUGUCUUGGUUGACCCGAGAAGGAGAAAAGGCUCUUAAAUAUUCCUCUUAAGCUGGCUGUAAGAGGAAACUGACCCAAAGAGUAUUGAAAAAGAGGAAGCGAUGGCUGAAUUUUCUGCAGUUGGCAAAUUGACAUUGGCUGAGCCCUUUCUUGAAAAGGUGUCAAACUUUAACAGUGGCGCAUCCCCAUCCCAGAAGCAUCUGCCAGCCUAUAAACCAGGAUCUCUCCGGCGAGAGGGAAACAUUGCAAUAAUGCCAGCAGAGGGCAAAGAAUGCUCUGAGGACGCUGGCAUCUAUAGCUUGGGUGCCAACGGCUUGGGUGCUAAUCAGUGCUUUCACUGCCUGAUUACCUUCCCUGACGAGAAAUUCAAGGAACGGCAUAUGAAGCGAGAACAUCCGGAGGACUUUGUUCAGGCCAAUUUGCGGGAUGCCCUGUUUCUCUGCUUCAUUUGUAAAAAGGCUUUCAAGAGUUCCCGGGCACUUAUCUGCCAUCAGCGAAGCCAUGCCACGUCCUCACCCUCUGAUUACAGCAACUGCUUGCACUCCAUCUUUGGCUGUCCGGACUGCGGCCGCCGUUUUGAUCAGCUGGCCAACUAUAAGCAUCACUGCCAAGGACAAGCGGCGGGUCAUAGCUCGCCUCAUCAGUGCUCGGAUUGCGGCAAGAGUUUCCGUCAGAUCUCCAGCCUGCGUCAACACCAGGCGUUCCACCGGCAGACACAGGAGUUGCUACCCUCCUGGCCUUAUUCCUGCAUGGACUGUGGGGAGAGUUUUAGCUACGAGGCAGGCUUGCACGAGCACUAUAUCCGCCAUGCUCGCGGGGAGCUCUAGCAGUAGCACUAACCAACCCCUCUGCUUCCUGAGUCUGGGUGGGGAAUGGAAGGCAAUGGACGUUGCUGCCUGGGAUGGAGAGCCAUAUUCCCCCUUUUUGGGGGGGGGGGGGAAAUGGAGGG